AUGAUGACGUGCCGUCUGCUGUGCGCCCUGUUGGUGCUUGCCCUGUGCUGCUGCCCGUCCGUGUGCGGGGCAGAUACUGAUACUGAAUCCGCUGACGUUACUGAGGAUGUUGAUGAAGCUGGUGGAGGAGGCGCCGAGCAAUUGGCCACUGCAGUAGAGUUACCAAAUGAAGAAACCGUUCCGUCAGGGUUGCCAGUUACGGUGCCUGGAGCGGAUCAGGGAACAAAUACCAGAGAGGGACAACGUUCGACCGAUAAGUUGCCAGAAUCAGAUGAGGCGGCCGAUACGGUGCAGCAAAAAAGUAAGAACGGUACGACAGGGAGAGAAACUGACGAGAAUGCAUCCACACGCAAUACAGAUAAGAAACACGAAGAUCCUUUCACGAUGACCAGUACGACUACAACACAGGCACCAACCAUCACUACAACAACGACGACCACCACUGCGCCGGAGACAUCAAGUACUACGACUACAGAGGCGCCAGCUGUGUCGACCACCCGCGCACCGUCACGUCUUCGCGAAAUCGACGGCAGCCUCAGCAGCUCUGCGUGGGUGUGUGCCCCGCUGGUGCUCGCCGCAUCCGCGCUGGCGUACACCGCUGUGGGCUGA